AUAUUUUAACGAGCAUCGUCACCUAUGGAUGAUGGAAUUGAAAUGAUAUCCAAGUUAUAUUUCCUCUCUUUUAACGAUUAUCUUAUCAAAAUAAAUUGCGAAACGUUCCAUCAUCCAUUUCGAAAUAAAAAUUUCUUCGUUAGAAUAAUAUUUGUGCUUAUGAAUGAAGUUUUAUCACCAGAGUCGCUUGAUAAUUAUCUGAACCUUCAGAUUGAUAAGAGACGAAGGAAGAUCGAGAAUGGAACGAAUGCCGAUCGAUCAUCAAUCUCUUUCUUGUUUUUUUCUUCUUUCUUUUUUGUCAAUCUCUCUGUGUUUCGCGGUUUCAAUUCGAUCACAUGUUUUUUUACCGUUCUUCAUUUGUCACGGUAUAAAAAUAUUAGCCGGAUCGUAAGGACGUUGGAUUUUUGAGUUUCUGUCGAAAGGCAGCGUCGUUCAGGAAUUUAUCGACUUUCCGAUCGAGGUAUAUUACUCGGAAUUCGACGGUUGUUUAGCUUCUUGUGUGUGUAUGUGCGUUUCGAAAAGUGUCGAUUGACCGCAAUGACAUCGCUCAUGGAAUCGACGAAGAAACAAACACCAUGGAAAUUCAAUAUGUCGGGAGCAACAAGAAUAUUUCGGUGAAAAAACGAACGUACAACUUUUUUAAAGCUAUUAGAUAAUUAUUAACGUUUCGUGCGAUUCCUUUGGUCACUGAUAGCGUCCUCGACUCUCGAGGGUGUGCUGGACACCUCUUCGCUUCCGGUGCACCGUGCUGCGCUCGUUGAAUAUCUUCCACAAUAUCUCAAGUUCUUUCGAUUUUCUGAUUCUUCUAUCACGAUUCAUUCGUUUCUCUCCUCCUUGAAAUUCAUGAAAUCGAAAGGUCGACAUUCUCGAUACACGUAGCCAGGUUUUCAUUAUUUACUGUUGUGAUUGUAGCUUUGGAAUUUCGAAAGACUGGGGCUUCUUCGACCUUUGCCAAAGUCUUUUUUCUUCUUGCUCGAACGAGCACGGAGUUUCGCUUUAAUCGACUCGUAAACGACCUUACUAUGGAAUGCGAGCGUUUACCAAAAGAAUUCCCCUACAACAUCUUCUUGGAAUACUCGAAACUUCCAUCGUGGCAAAUUUAAAUCGAUAUCUUAUUGUUAGCGAAAAUUUAGUAAAACAAUUCUCAGGUUGAAAGAUGCGAGCUCCUUUCGUUUUCAAACGAACUCGUGACUGGAGAGUGAAAUGAAAGAGAAUAGGUUCAAGAUGGUUGGCCGAGUAAAUUUGCAUGCGGUGUAAUUGUAGGCUUAGGGAUAACAGUUACCAGGAGGAAGACGCUGGCCGUUGUUACAAGGGUUGUUUAUUCUCACCCUAUUCUCGGGCACGACUGUUCUACGGUCGUGGCAAAGAGGAAAAACUGUCGUUGAAAUUUUAUUUAUGACCAGCACCGUCUUCGCUACACGGACAAUGAGAUUAUUCCUCAGAAGUCAAAAGCGGAAUCUUCGUAAACCCUGUCAGGAGGCCUUCAAAAGCGUGCUCUACUUGAAUAAACGAGCAUAGACCUUAACCCUGCCCCGGAACCAUUCCUCUUUCCAACCAGCAGUUAGAACAAUAAAUUUUCCUCCUUUCUCUCGAUGGAUCGUAAUUUCAAAUCAUUUUAUUGCUUAAUUACUCGGACUUCUCGGAAGUUCCAGCAAUAAUUGUUGAAUAACUCUAGAAACGACGGGAUUUUAUUUCAAUUAAUUACGAACAAUCGUUGAACGUGGCUGGAAAGAAAUUCAAAGCAAACAGAAAAUCACCGAAAUCGAUCGUUUUUCAGUAUAGUUAACGGUGAUUGGCGGUUUGAUAUAAAUAUUGACGGUAACGAAGGACACCUUUUCGAUCGGAACAAUUAUAUUAUGUACGUAGUUCGUUGUCAGAACUUGGAAUAAAUUAGCCUGACCAUUUUGUGUAUACACGUCGAAGAAGCGAACUGCACGACUACAGGGAAACAUUGUGAAACGAUUUUCGCUUUGUCGUGGUCGAACCCUUGUUCGUGGAAAUUCGCACAAUCACCCUGAAUCCUUAACCCUUUUCGACCUUGUAUUGUCGAGAAAGAUCGAUUGAAAGUUUUCACCUGUUUCUUUAUUCCUUUUGAAAAACUUGCGACGAUUUUUCAAUCUGAAUUUUUCCAUCUGCUACCAACAACAUGGAGAUGCAUUUAGAAAAAAGAGUGACAAGAUGAGAGGGAACUGGGACACGGCGGAACCUUUGGUACACGCGCCGAAUCAGCAACGGCAACAACAGCAACAAACCAUAGUCGAAGAGCAAAGACAUCCCCUCCAUUCACCAACCACGCCCGCUUGGGGUAUACCCGAUAGAAUCGUGAAGGAGGAACCGUCAGAGGACAAGAACAACGAUUCAGGCGUGUCACCUGAUUAUUACACCAGCAACUCUGCCUCGCCCAGAAGCAGAAGAUCCUCUUCAACGGCGAACUGCAGUUUGUCGCCCGGAAGCGCUACUUCUCAAGAUUCGAGCACCAUGCAAUGCAGCGCGUUCGAUUACAGUCCGCAAAGGAUGUUCAAGAACUGCGGUUCACCGCUCGAAUAUAACAGACAUCACUCGAUGAACGAGCAUCAGUCGGACCAGGCGAUGGACGUCGCUUCCAGCACGGUGAAACCGUCCAACGAAGACGUCGAGUUCGUUCAGGACACCCUGCAGUGUCCCAUUUGCGCGUUUACCACCUUGAAUAGGUUAGCGUUCACCGAUCAUCUAAGGACGCAUUGCACGAUCAAAUGCGAGACGACAGAUUUUGUAAAGACGAUCCUCGGCCAGUUGUCAACGUCGGGAUCAAUCCAGGACGAGAACAGGUCGACGCCACCACAGGGCGAACGAUCGAAGCAGAUGGAGGAGCUAGAGGAAACGGACGAGCCGGGACUCCGAGUUCCCCGGUUGAAUUCCCAGGGUAAAGUGAAGACGUUCAGAUGCAAACAGUGCGACUUUACCGCGAUCACUAAACUCGAGUUCUGGGAGCACAGUCGCGGUCACAUCAAGGCCGAGAAACUGUUGACCUGUACGAGGUGCCCUUUCGUGACCGAGUACAAGCAUCAUCUAGAGUACCAUAUGAGGAACCACGCCGGGUCAAAACCGUUCAAGUGCGACAAGUGUUCGUACUCGUGUGUCAACAAGUCGAUGUUGAACAGCCACUUGAAGUCGCAUUCGAACGUUUAUCAAUACAGAUGCGCAAAUUGUUCGUACGCUACCAAGUACUGUCACUCGUUGAAGCUUCACCUGAGGAAGUAUUCUCAUCAACCGGCGAUGGUGUUGAACGCGGAUGGUUCACCGAACCCGUUGCCCAUCAUAGACGUCUAUGGAACUAGACGGGGACCGAAGCCGAAGUCGGUGAAGAUACCCCAGGAAGACAGCAGCCAAACCGGCAACGUUGUUCCCACCAACAAUAACUUGCAGAUUUCACUGUCGUCCUCCCAGAUCGUAGUUCCAUCCCAGAUGUCACCGGUCAACUAUCGCGUGUCGAUGAACUCGGUGAACAGCUUGAACGGUGCGAACACCCCGAACGGUUUGAACGGGGCGGUUCCAAACCCGUCGCUGAUGGCAUUCUCGUACAAUCAAAUAUUCGCUGGAUUUCCAUUGGCCACCGCCAUACCAGUCGCGUUCGAAGAGAACAGCGUCGAAAAGCAAUUGGACAGGAUCAGAUCGCACGCCUUGAUGGAUUACGCCAAGGUGAUCGAUCCCGACACCAGCAUUCCCGAGGAGAUACCGCAGGAUCUAGAGGUGAAGUGUUUCGAUUCGAUCAGGACCUGCGACGAAUCCAACGAUUUGAUUAACAACGACCUCGCUAAAAUAAACGACGCCCCGAUUCCUACCAUGGAGAACCAGGAACAGCGCAAGGACUCGAAAGUGACGCCGUUGGACCUCAGCAAACCCAACGUCCCUAGCAACGUCCAGAGCAGACCAACGACCAACGCGUCGAAGCUGACAGGGACCAGCAGACGCAAAGGAAGAGCCGUGAAGCUGGAACGCCGGGUGGUCGAAGAGGACACGGACGACGAACACCUUCCUGGAGAACCGGAAGAGAUGUACGAGUCCGCGGUCCCCGCUAGUCCCGUCACCCGCGACGAUAAGGAGACCAACGAACGAAGCAGCACCCUUGGUAACGAGUUCACUUGCCAAUACUGCGAGAUCGCGUUCGGUAACGUAGUGAUGUACACCGUACACAUGGGAUACCAUGGUUACAAGGAUCCUUACACUUGCAACAUGUGCGGCCAUCAGUGCACCGACAAGGUGUCCUUCUUCUUGCACAUCGCCAGGUCAAAGCACUCGUAGAAAUUCGUGGUAAUUUUGAAAGAAGAAAAACGUGGAUUAAUAUGUGCCAUUAAAGUGUGCUCCAAGGUGGCGAUCCUUUCAAGACUUUAAGGAACGUUUACUUACUGGGCAGGAAAUGGUGGAUGUCGCUCAAACGACGACUCGGAUAUUUUUUUUUUUUCUGAGACGGUCGUGGAUAUAUACCUCAAUCACGUGUACAAAUUGUUAGUAAGCGUGCAUAGAAAACUGAAUAUUAUAUAUAUACAUAUAUAUUAUAUUUUCAUAGAGACAAAUAUUCUUUAUGUUAAGGAUAUGUGAUUUUCCGAGAAUCUUGACCGAACGUCCAAAAAAUUAGAGUAGCUAUUCGCUAAGGCAGCUUUGCUGGAACAAGAGAAUUGAAACUGUACAGCGAAAUAUUAAUUUUAACCCUUUCGCUACCAAGGGUGAUUGUGAUCACCCCUUAAAAAUUGAGAAAAUCGUGAUUGAUGAAGUUUUCUCGUUUUGGUAUUUUGUUAACUCGUAGCGAAAGGGUUGAAAAAAAUGUAAUUUCAGAGCUGAGUGAAAUCAUUCGCUACGGUGAAUAUUUUUCCACUGCUUUUUUAUAACAUUUUUCUAUAUAUAAGCGUACAUAUAUAGAUGCAUAUAUUAUAAAUCAACAAAGAGACUGAUAUUUCACUUAGCUCCGAAUGAAAUUCUUUAUUAUUUUUCUUUAAUCGAAGAUUCUCGUUCUGGCAUGUAUUCGUUCGAGAUUUAAUUAAGUUCAUUGAAGUAAAUUAAACGCGUCAAUUAAAAGCUGAUGUAAAUGUGAGAAAUGGUGAUGAUUAAUUAAGAGGGACGAGAGGUUGAAGAUUACUUGAUGGAAAUAACGAGGGGAUCGAAGUGGAACUUGCGAAGAAAAAUUCUCGAUUCUAGUCAAAAAACACCGGGUUGGGCGCUGUGAGUGUCGGUGGUGCUCGGUGUGCAAUGAAAAAAUAAAAAAGAAAAGAUAAGGAAACAUCUAACAAAAGGGUUGGCUGUUGUGUCUAAAAGCACGAAUAUUCCAAGAUAUACUUUCAUAGUGCACCAACACGUUUUCGAGGACCAUGUUUCCCUUCGUUCGUAUAACAAAAAGGCAAAAUUGUCGAUUUUUUACCAAGAGGCCUUAACUUCAACACGUUCUUAUUAUAAAUUUUUUCGAAUUGACUACCUUCUUAAUAUUUUCUUUUCCAGUUUUCGUUUAUUUUUUCCUUUUUUCUUUUAUGUUGAUUUACUUCGAAGUUUGUUUUACAAAAUACGCGAGACGAUUUCGUUUUUUUUAUAAUUUUACGUUUAUUUUUUUCUUUUUUUCAAGAACGCGGUGACGAGAAGUGUGGCCAAUGUUAAUAAUCGACCAUCGAUGUUCCUUUCUUGCAAAAUUUAUUUUUUUUUUUUCGUUUUUAAUUCGAAUAGGAAUAAUGACGACGUUUAGUAACAUGUUGAAUAUAUGAUAUCAAUACUAAUUACGAUUAUCUUUCAUUUUUCUUUUUUUCUUUUAACGCGACUCCUUUAACAUUGACUCGACGGAAUCUUAUUUGGUUCACCGUUUUCAAUUUCCCAAAGUCCCUUUCAGCAAGAAGAACUUAUGCCUUUUUUUAAUCGAACGAAGGGAAACACUCAUUUUCCAUUUUUCGAACAAGAGACGAUUUAUGUAAAGUCUAUAUUUUUUAAUACGAGAAAAAAAGGAUUCAUGAAGAUAGAGUAGGAUUACAAAGGAUCACAAUUUAUUUUCUGUUUAUUUUCGUUCAAUAUUUCCCUGACCAAUAAUGUAUGAAACGAGUGUGAGGCGUUGUUCUUUUUCACAAAUGAAAAAAAAAAAUUAAAUAAAUCCACUUUAU